UCCAGACCGUAGAUACACAACACCUCCUCAGCCUCCAUGGAGAAAGGUCAAGGUAUUUUCUCUGAAGAUUCAGGAUCACUGCCUCAGCAGACCUGUAGAGACAGCAAAUUUACAGGCCACUCAUAUCCUACAGGGAAGAUCCAGGUCAUUGGAGACAUUUUUCAGUUCACAGUCGAUGUGAGUGAAUUUUGUCCAGAAGAUGUUAUCAUCACAACUUCCAACAACCUGAUUGAGGUGCAUGCGGAGAAGCUGGGAGAAGAUGGCACAGUAACAAACACUUUUUCCCACCAAUGCAAACUACCAUCGGGUGUGGACCCCAUAUCGGUGACCAUGACGAUGGAGAGCAGUGGGGCCCUGACUGUGAGAGCUCACAGGUUGCAGGAUAUACAGUAUGUACUGUAUCAGAGAAAGGACAGGAGGAGCAAAGAACAUACUGCAAUGUGGUGAAAGUGGACGAGGCAGAAGAUGCUUGGUCAGCUUCCUAAUGAGAACAGGACUGAUGAGGAAAAUCCUAUGAUACAUCCAAAGAGGUUAUAUACAACCUCUUUGGCACAUCCAUUGGGAAGUUCUGACAGACUGGACACUGUAGGAGUUAACUAAAUCCAGAAGAUGGCAGUAGUGCAACAUUAAGGAUAAAACUGCCGUUAAACCCCAAACCCAAAGAAGAGGAAAAAGUAAAACACGGAAGUGACGUGACGUCAGGAAGCUGUUGUCAAGGGAUGUUUGUUUUUUUCUUUUACUCUAUUGUGGUUUUUCAUUACGGACGUUUUUAUCAGGUGGCUGCACUACUUUUAGAUUAAAAAUGCUAUUUGCCGACAAAAGUUGUUAUUAAAUUGCUUUAUGGUGA